AGUAGGCGCCAGCCUUAGCUGCAGUGGGGACUGGGGCGCGGAGGAGGCGGACACGUGGCAACUGCAGCAGAGGCAGCGGCGGCAGCAGGCAGCAGGCACCCGGAGCGGGAGCGGCCCGCGCCCCGGUCGCCCCUUCGCCAGCCCCGGCCCCGGCCCCGGCUCCGGCUCCAGCUCCUCUCGGCCCGGCGCCGGGAGUUGAUCCUUUUACCUGUUUGAUUCCCAGGAGACAGGUCCCGGCACAGCGGGCACCAGACCACCGCAGCCAUGGGGAAGGGGGUCGGACGUGAUAAAUAUGAGCCUGCAGCAGUGUCGGAGCAUGGAGAUAAAAAAAAGGCCAAGAAGGAGAAGGACAUGGAUGAACUUAAGAAAGAAGUUUCAAUGGAGGACCAUAAACUUAGCCUUGAUGAGCUUCAUCGGAAAUACGGAACAGACCUGAGCCGGGGUCUAACAAGCGCUCGCGCUGCAGAAAUCCUGGCCCGAGAUGGCCCAAAUGCCCUCACACCUCCUCCCACCACUCCCGAGUGGGUCAAAUUCUGUCGGCAGCUCUUUGGGGGUUUCUCUAUGUUGCUGUGGAUCGGAGCUGUUCUUUGCUUCUUGGCCUACGGUAUCCAAGCUGCCACUGAAGACGAGCCUCAGAAUGAUAACCUCUAUCUUGGCGUAGUGCUGUCUGCUGUCGUCAUCAUCACCGGCUGCUUCUCCUACUACCAAGAGGCAAAGAGUUCAAAGAUCAUGGAGUCCUUCAAAAACAUGGUUCCCCAGCAAGCCCUUGUGAUUCGAAAUGGUGAAAAAAUGAGCAUAAAUGCCGAAGAGGUUGUAGUUGGCGAUCUAGUUGAGGUGAAAGGAGGUGACCGAAUCCCAGCUGAUCUCCGAAUCAUUUCUGCCAAUGGAUGUAAAGUAGACAAUUCUUCCCUCACUGGUGAAUCUGAACCACAAACCAGGUCUCCUGAUUUCACUAAUGAAAAUCCACUGGAAACAAGGAACAUUGCCUUUUUUUCUACCAACUGCGUGGAAGGCACCGCCCGAGGCAUCGUUGUGUACACUGGAGACCGCACUGUAAUGGGACGAAUUGCUACACUUGCAUCUGGGCUAGAAGGUGGUCAGACUCCCAUUGCAGCAGAAAUCGAGCAUUUCAUCCAGCUUAUCACUGGUGUGGCUGUGUUCCUGGGAGUUACCUUCUUCAUCCUUUCUCUGAUUCUUGAAUACACUUGGCUGGAAGCUGUCAUUUUCCUGAUUGGUAUCAUUGUUGCCAAUGUGCCAGAGGGCUUGCUGGCCACUGUCACGGUCUGUCUGACUCUGACUGCCAAAAGAAUGGCCCGGAAAAACUGCCUGGUCAAGAACUUAGAAGCUGUGGAGACACUGGGCUCCACGUCCACCAUCUGCUCUGAUAAAACUGGAACCCUCACACAGAAUCGGAUGACCGUGGCUCACAUGUGGUUUGACAACCAAAUCCACGAAGCUGACACCACAGAAAACCAGAGCGGUGUCUCUUUUGAUAAGACUUCAGCUACUUGGCUUGCUCUCUCCAGAAUUGCAGGACUGUGUAACCGUGCUGUGUUUCAGGCUAAUCAGGAAAACCUACCUAUUCUGAAGCGGGCAGUUGCUGGAGAUGCUUCUGAAUCAGCCCUCUUAAAAUGCAUUGAAGUAUGCUGUGGUUCCGUCAAGGAAAUGCGAGAGAGAUACGCCAAAAUUGUAGAGAUACCCUUCAACUCCACCAACAAGUAUCAGCUGUCUAUCCACAAGAACGCAAAUGCAUCUGAACCCAAACAUCUGCUGGUGAUGAAGGGUGCUCCUGAGAGGAUCCUGGACCGCUGUAGCUCUAUCCUGAUCCAUGGCAAAGAACAGCAGCUUGAUGAGGAACUAAAAGAUGCCUUUCAAAAUGCCUACCUGGAGUUGGGAGGCCUUGGAGAAAGAGUACUAGGCUUUUGCCACCUCCUCCUGCCUGAUGAUCAGUUUCCUGAAGGAUUUCAGUUUGAUACAGAUGAAGUGAACUUCCCUGUGGACAACCUCUGCUUUGUUGGGCUCAUCUCCAUGAUUGAUCCUCCCCGAGCUGCUGUCCCUGAUGCUGUGGGCAAGUGCAGAAGUGCUGGCAUUAAGGUCAUCAUGGUCACUGGGGACCAUCCAAUCACAGCUAAGGCUAUUGCGAAAGGUGUAGGCAUCAUCUCAGAAGGCAAUGAGACUGUGGAAGACAUUGCUGCCCGUCUCAACAUUCCUGUGAGCCAAGUGAAUGCCAGAGACGCCAAGGCCUGUGUGGUACAUGGCACUGAUCUGAAGGACAUGACCUCAGAACAACUAGAUGACAUCCUGAAGCAUCACACUGAGAUUGUCUUCGCCAGGACCUCUCCUCAGCAGAAGCUCAUCAUUGUGGAAGGCUGCCAGAGACAGGGUGCUAUUGUGGCUGUGACUGGGGAUGGUGUGAACGAUUCCCCUGCCCUGAAGAAAGCAGACAUUGGGGUUGCCAUGGGCAUCUCUGGCUCUGAUGUGUCCAAGCAGGCUGCUGACAUGAUCCUCCUGGAUGACAACUUUGCUUCUAUUGUGACUGGAGUUGAAGAAGGUCGACUGAUCUUUGAUAACCUGAAAAAAUCCAUUGCCUACACACUGACCAGUAACAUUCCAGAAAUCACCCCUUUCCUCAUCUUCAUCAUUGCAAAUAUCCCUCUGCCCUUGGGGACUGUCACCAUUCUCUGCAUUGACUUGGGUACUGACAUGGUACCAGCUAUUUCCCUGGCUUAUGAGCAAGCUGAGAGUGACAUCAUGAAGAGACAACCCAGAAAUCCGAAAACUGACAAACUGGUAAACGAGCGGCUGAUCAGCAUGGCCUAUGGCCAGAUUGGCAUGAUCCAAGCUCUUGGAGGCUUCUUUACAUACUUUGUGAUUCUGGCAGAGAAUGGCUUCUUACCCUCAGGCCUGUUAGGGAUCCGAGUGGACUGGGAUGACCGAUGGGUGAACGAUGUUGAAGACAGCUAUGGGCAGCAAUGGACCUACGAACAGAGGAAAAUAGUGGAGUUCACUUGCCACACAGCCUUCUUUGUCAGUAUUGUGGUGGUGCAGUGGGCUGACUUGGUCAUUUGUAAAACCAGAAGGAAUUCAGUCUUCCAGCAGGGAAUGAAGAACAAGAUCUUAAUAUUUGGCCUCUUUGAAGAAACUGCCCUUGCUGCCUUCCUUUCAUAUUGUCCCGGAAUGGGUGUUGCCCUAAGGAUGUAUCCCCUCAAACCAACUUGGUGGUUCUGUGCCUUCCCUUAUUCCCUCCUUAUCUUCGUGUAUGAUGAAGUCAGAAAGCUUAUCAUCAGAAGGAGCCCUGGUGGCUGGGUGGAGAAAGAAACCUAUUAUUAAUCUCCCUGUACUGCACGUCGUUCCACAUAUUCUGCAUCCAUCGCCACCUCUUUGUGUAAAUCAGUCUUGGAAUUCAGAAAUUUACCCCGGUAGGAAAGCACCGAAGCAUGUGGGGGAAGCAAGGUGUCCCAGAAUGAAGCAUGUAGAUACGGGGGGGAGGGGGGAGGGGGCUGCCUGUAUACAUCCGUCUGUGGGAAGGUUUUUAUGUGCCUUUUUGUUUUUGUAAAAAAGGAAAAACCGGAAAGACUGAAAGCAUACAUUUUAUAUCUGGAUUUUUACAAUAAAGAUGGAUUAUAACUGAA